CAUGAUUUAGUUGAUGUAUAAGAAGUUUGAUUCCAGUCAGGAAAUAAUUAAUCCAUCAGCAUUUAGAAUUUAAAAGGCUUAAUUUGGUGUACAACAAAAUCAAGAUGGACAAUUCUAAAUUGUUAAAUUUAAUUCAGACACUUAAUUCUUAAUAGAUAAUCAAGAUGAGAUUGAAUAAGAAGAAUAAGAAGAAUCAUAUGAUUCUGAAUAUAUUUAUACUCCUAAAGAAUUUCAACCAGAUUAAGAAUUUAUGAAUUGUUUAAAGAGUUACUUGUAAAUUGGAACCAUAUUGAAUAAAAUAAAAAAAUGA